CUAGUAAUACUGUAGAUCUAUUGGUGGAAUAUUCCCAAAAAAGUAGUGAACGUAUACAAAGUUAGAGAGAGAGAGAGAGAGAGAGAGAGAGAGAGAGUUUGGGUCGUUUGGGAGAGUAGUUGGUCUGAUUCUCAUGGUCGUUGAAUUGAAUCGAUUGCAAGCGUCUGAUGGGAGAUGACAAGUCAUCGAAGCUAAUGGCGAGCAGAGAUCGAGAGCUCCUCAUACCCGUCGCUGACUCCGAUGGCGAAGCCUCUUCCAAGCCUUCCUCCUCCUCCUCGGCCGCCUCCUCUUCCUCCUCUCACCACUCCGGCCGCGAGACUUUCUAUAAAGUUUUCAGGAGCUGGGCUUCCAAAAAGUUUAUGACAGGAUGUGUCAUCCUGUUUCCGAUAGCAGUCACUUUCUACAUAACAUGGUGGUUUAUCCGUUUUGUGGAUGGCUUUUUCUCUCCAAUUUAUGCUCAGCUGGGCAUCAAUAUAUUUGGUCUUGGAUUUGUAACUUCGAUCACAUUCAUCUUCUUGGUCGGUGUGUUCAUGUCGUCGUGGUUGGGGACAUCAGUUUUGAGUCUUGGAGAAUGGUUCAUCAAGCGGAUGCCCUUUGUUCGUCAUAUUUACAGUGCUUCAAAGCAAAUUAGUGCUGCCAUAUCUCCAGAUCAAAACUCGCAGGCCUUCAAGGAGGUUGCUAUCAUUAGGCAUCCACGUAUUGGUGAAUAUGCAUUUGGGUUCAUCACUUCAUCUGUUGUCCUUCAGAACUAUUCGGGUGAUGAGGAGCUAUGCUGUGUAUAUGUUCCCACCAACCAUCUUUAUAUUGGUGAUAUAUUCCUCGUCAACUCCAAGGACGUUAUUAGGCCAAACUUAUCUGUUCGGGAAGGAAUUGAAAUUGUUAUCUCUGGGGGUAUGUCAAUGCCACAGAUCUUAUCGACACUGGAUCCUAGUAUCAUUCAAGUGGAUAGAAGUGGGCCUGUCAGAAAAUGAAAAUUAGGACGGUAGAUGUAGUUUGAGUUUUAUUUAUCGCCUUCUACUUUUGGUAAGUCAUCAGAAUGACCCACGAUUGGUACCCAUCAGCGUCAUGAAUCUGUUCUGAUGGUGAAUAUAACGGUUGGCGACGUGUACAAUCUUAGGGAGGUAGUGUUUGCUGGGCUAUAUAUUUGUGUGUUUGGACUUUGGAUUGUGUUUACCUGAAGGUCUGGUCACGGAUGUCACUCAUCUCUCUUUUGAUGACUCUUUUGAAUGUUUAACUUCCAGAAUCCAGUCACUAUUUUAGUUUUGUUGAUAGAAUGUGACAUUAUUCGGUUGGAAGGUAGCAUCGGUGAAUUUUCGAUUGUGAUUCACGAGUCAUGACUUUUGUACUCCAUUAUUUCCUUUUCUCUUGCACAUUCAAAAGUCAAACUUAUUAGGUCUUUA